AUGGCUGAACAAAUUGAAAAAUCGUUCCAAAAGCAAAACAUCUUCCAGAAUGCUAAAGUCAGAGGUGGCAAGAAGGUCGUGACCCGCGAGCGACGCUGGUACAAGGACAUUGGUCUCGGCUACAAGACCCCUCAGGAAGCCAUUAAUGGAACUUAUAUUGACAAGAAGUGCCCGUUCACGAGCGAGGUGUCGAUCCGUGGUCGUAUCCUGACUGGUCGUGUUGUUUCGACAAAGAUGAACCGCACUAUCAUCAUUCGCCGGGAUUAUCUCCACUUUAUCCCCAAGUACCAUCGUUAUGAAAAGCGACACAAAAACCUUGCUGCCCACGUCUCGCCGGCAUUCCGUGUUGAAUUGGGUGACACCGUCACAGUCGGCCAGUGCAGACCUCUGUCGAAGACUGUUCGAUUCAACGUGAUCCGUGUGAGCAAGAACAAGGCAGCGGCAAAGGCCUUUGGCAAGUUCUAA